GUUUCCAACCCACUGGAUCUGGAAUGUUCUACCGGUCCUGUCCUUCCAAAGCCCUUGCUCACUCAGCUUCUGUUUCCUCACACUCGAAUAUUUUUAAACCAGAGUGUUAUCUGUGACAACCUCUGUUAAUCUUCUCUCCCACUGAGUUGAGAUAAGUUAGGGCUUCCCAAGAGUGGCUGGACAUUCACUCGUCUUAAGGCAUGGACAGAGGUCAGUGCACUGUCUCAGCCCCAAGGAACCCAGAAAAAUCAUAGACAAGGGAAGAGAGAGAAUAUUGACGGAUGUCUCCAGCUCCAUCAACAGGGCAUGAAAAGCCCAGGGUGGUGUAGACCCCGCCCCCACUCUGACUGAGCCCUGGCUCUCCCUGAAGCUGGAGGGGUCGCCUUGAUCUUGUUGGGGCUGCUCUUGGGAUCAGAGAUACUAGUCACAACAGCAGUCAUGUCGGGCCGCACAGUGCCACACGCCCACCCAGCCACUGCGGAGUACGAAUUUGCCAACCCCAGCCGCCUAGGCGAGCAGCGCUUCGGAGAAGGCCUCCUGCCGGAAGAGAUCCUGACCCCCACCCUCUACCAUGGCUACUAUGUUCGGCCUCGGGCCUCCAGAGCUGGGGAGGGCGCCAGGGCAGGGGCCUCAGAGCUCAGGCUCAGUGAAGGCAAGUUCCAGGCAUUUCUGGAUGUGAGCCACUUUACCCCAGAUGAGGUGACCGUGAGGACUGUGGAUAACCUGCUGGAGGUGUCUGCCCGACACCCCCAGCGUCUGGAUCGCCACGGCUUCGUGUCCCGAGAGUUCUGUCGCACCUAUGUCCUGCCUGCAGAUGUGGAUCCCUGGCGGGUCCGAGCUGCACUCUCCCAUGAUGGCAUCCUUAACUUGGAGGCGCCGCGGGGUGGCCGGCAUUUGGACACGGAAGUCAAUGAGGUCUACAUUUCCCUGCUUCCUGCGCCUCCUGACCCGGAGGAAGAGGAAGAGGUAGCCAGAGUUGAGCCCUGACUGCCAGCGAUAGACCCAGCACCCAGUGAAUCCCCUAUCUACCUCCUGUGGUGAUUCCAUAAAUCCACCACACCCUAGAGGGAGCAGCAUCCCUGGGAGAUGGGAUAGGUGCAUGGUCCACAGUGUAUGGUUUGGUCCCUUGAUGUAUCAUAGCCUUUGAUUUAAUUCUGGGUGGGGCUGAAUAAACCAAAAAUCCGGGGACCUUGUU